CUCUCUCCCUCCCAUCGUGCUCCGAAGCGCCUUUUCAACUCACCACCACCGGAGUCCGAAGUCGAUCUGAGCUUGUUGCGUUUCGAGCCUCCGAGGCGGAGUUGGACACGCGAUCCGAAAGUCAGGAGAACCUUAGACUCCCGACUCGGAGCUCGGUCCGCCAUGGCUCGGUCCGCGUCUGCUCGCUUUAGAAGCAGCCAUCCUCCCGUCAUCUACGCACCGAUAGCGUUCGUUCCCGCCUCCAUAGCAGAAAGAAGAGUCUUUCCCAUCAUUAUUCGUCAUCCACCGGCAGCGAGGAGUCUAUUUUUUAGGCGCCUCAAAAAUUAUUCGUCAUCCACCGGCAGCGAUUCUUUCAACCCACCCUGCGUUGAAACUCUCACCAUUGCGUCCUACGUCUCCGUCGUCCGGCCUCUCAUUCUCCUCGCCUCCGUCCACGCGCUUCUUCCGCAGUCGGCCCAUAAUCUAGCUGAGUAGCUACUAGCACGCACGUGGAGUGCACGUUCCCUUGAUCAUGGCAGCGUACCGAAUGAGCAGUAAGCCACCGUCAUCGACCACCCCUCUCCUCCUUCUCGUGCUCCUCAAUGCGACCCUCCUCUCCCACCACCUCGCAUCGGCCGCCGGUCGCGGGGUCGCUGGCGAUGAAUCAUCCGUCGCAGAGGCGUCGCCCAGGCGACAGUUGGUCGGCCCUGUGGUGUCGCACGGCCAGCAGCACCACCGGCAGCUGCGAAACCAGCUGGGCGGCAACGUGUCGCCCGCCGCCAAAGGCCCCUGCGCCCUCGUGUCGUGCCCCAAGGGCUGCUCGUGCUCCGCUUCCUCUGGCGUCGCCAAGUGCAAGUGCUCAGACCCUUGUUACGGCGUCAAAUGCCCCGACGUGUCCAAGUGUGCGGUGCAGGAGGGUGCAGUGGUGUGCAAAUGUCCGCCUCCCUUCAAGCGCCUGAUAAACAACAAGUGCUCCUCCGCUUCGCGCCCCCACUCGGACUAUCUCGACCCACACAACGCCGCCAGGGCUGCCGUGGGUGCGGUGCCCCUCGUGUGGGACGACGCGGUCGCAGCUACAGCCGCGGAAUGGGCAGCACAUCUCGCCAGCGAGAAUAACUGCGGGCUGGAGCAUGGCGGCCCUGGCGACUACGGGCAGUGCCUCUCGGGCGCCAGCCCCAGCGGGUGGGCGACGAACACCGAUGCGGUGCAGUGGUGGGUGAACGAGGGCGGGUGGUGCCUCCCCGGCGGCAAGUGCGACUGGGACAAGGCCGGCCACUACACCCAGGUGGUGUGGAACAACUCUCUCAGGGUCGGGUGCGCCAAGGCGUCGUGCGGCGGGGACAGCGACGUGUGGGCGUGCAACUACGAUCCCCCCGGCAACUGGGCCGGCGAGCAGCCUUAUGUACUGGACCCCUGCUUCCGAGUCGUCUGCCCCUCCACUGCCACCUGCUCUGCUGUGGACGACAAGCCCGUGUGCUCUUGCCCCUCUGGCCAGGCGCUGGUCAACGGCAAGUGCCAGGCAGACGCGUGCAUCGGGGCGGCCAAGUGUCCGGGGGACUUAGUGUGUGACGGCACCUCUGGCGCACCCAAGUGUGUAUGCCCCAAGGGAUUGGUGCGCGUUGCACCCAAGACAUGCCUUGCGCCCACGUGCAUCAGAGUGGCGUGCCCUGCCAUGGCGCGCUGCAGGGCAGACAAGAACGGCAUUCCCUUCUGCGCCUGCCCUGCCUCCUACUCCCUCGUCAACGGCACAUGCACUCAAGACGGAUCCCCCUCGGUCACCACCAGCCUGGCUCUCUUCAACCGCCCCUCCUUCACCAAUCGCGCCUCCCUCGCUGCCAUUGUGCUCCGAGCGCCCACCCUCGAUGACGGCUGCAUCAACCUCCCCCCACGCGUGGCGGGCACCGUGGGCUCCGUGCAGAUUCUCUGGGAUGCGCCUGAUGGAGCAACGGGGGACCGGGUGGCUUGCGGGCUGAUCUGGUUCUGGAAUGAGGCUGAUUGCUAUGGGGGGGCUGCAGGCUGGUACCGACCGGAUAACAAUGUGACCACCGCUAAGACUGUGGAUGGUGGUGUUGCCUCUGUGCGCUCUAUUGCCUGCUCCGCAUAAGGCACGUAUGGCGCCCGCCCGCCUCCGCAUGAUGAUACAAGAUUUACUACAGAACACAAUUGUUUAUGUGCCUUCACACCAUUGUUUUUGUUUGUUUGUAUUGUUUUUUUUUUUUUUUAGUGCUGCAGAAUAUUAUAAUGCUUGAAAUAAAAUUUUAACUCUGUGCUUUUUUCCCCGUUAUCUUUUUUAUCUCCAACAUGGAUGCUCGAUAUAGGUAUAAUGCAUUUCAUGCUUCAUUUGCAAUUCUAGAGCUAUCUUACUAUCUGAAUAUAAGCGAGUGUCUGUC